UGACAUGACAAUGUCUUAGAUAUAAUGAAAUUAUUUUUAAUGUGUUUUGGGACUAUUUAGGUAAAUUCGAAACGACUUCAGUGACUUGGAAGUCCCGUCGACACGGGACUUCCGGAGGAAAUUUCUGAGUAAUGGAAAAACCUGUACGCUAUAAACAAAAAAAUAAAAAACCAGCAUCAAAACCUAAAUCUGCUAAAAAACGAAAGUCCGAUGGCCCGACAUGUUCAAUGUUCCUGGCUGAACUAACAAGAAGACUAGCACACAAAAAGAAAGCUGAAGAAGAAUCUUCUAAAACCAUCGUCCAAACAAUCGUUGACAGCAUCACAAAUGCCUUACCUGUGGUAUUUACAAAGAAGACACCACCAAGAAAGGAAUCUCCAACGAAAAUAGAAACGUUACAGUCAUACGCACCCGAACUCAUACCGAAUGAUACCAUCGACAUCCCACGACCUGUUCUCAGUUCGUCCAACCUACCAUUGCUAAAUGAGACCCAGAUUUUAGCGUCAGGUUUCAAAAUCCCUAAGAUGCCCUUCGUUAGCAGCGAAGUAUUCAAGCCACAGGCUUCUAAAAAAGCUAAACCAGUAACUGAAGAUAUGGCUGUAAAUACUGGAGGUGAGACUGACGUCGCCAGUGAAAUCGCAAAACACGUUGGAACUUUGCGAAAGAUAUCUUUGAUUGCUGAAGAAUUUAAUCAAAAAACAGCGAAAAAUUUAAAAGAAAUAGUAGAUAGCGUUCAAGAAGAUUUAAUGAAAAAGUUGGAAGAAAUACAAGCGGAACAAAGAGCUCUGAGUACAGAAAGGCAACUCAGUAUAGACGGCCGUCACGAAACAAUGCAAUGACUUCUAAAAGAAUAAACAAUCAAAUCAUAAUUAUGUCAUCUGUCAAAGAUGGAAAUGUUAAACAUUUAAACUCAAAAUUUUUGUUCUAAACAUUUGUAAUAAAAACGAGUAAUCACACAA